AAAUUAUUUUUGAGUUUUAUAUCUUAAAAUUUAUCAAUCAUUGUUGUCGCAAAUUCAUUUGACAAUAAAUUGUUUUUUUUUUAUUUAUUUUUUUGUUAUUUUUAAAUCUGGUUUCGAAUGCAGUUUUUCACAAUGUCAGAACUUAGUAAAAUGUUCUUGUUUAAAUUUAUUUUCAUUCAGCAAAUAAUUCAGUAUAUACAUUUGUAUUUCUUUUCAAUUAUACUUCUAAUAAGAACUUUUUUUCCCCUGAAAUCUUAUAUAGUUUUAUAUAUUAUUUUUUUUGCACUUUUUUAUGUGAUUAAGACUUUUUUUUGGUCCAUUUUUAUGUUGGUUCUGCAUCAUUAAACAUAUUACAAAUUAUUGAAACAUUAGGAUUCUGGCCUAAAAAAGUAAAAAAAUGAAUUUUUGUCAAUUGAUACAGUUGCAAAUUUUGAUUGUCAUUUUACUUAAUUAACUGAUUUUGAUUGUUUAAUGUAUUAUAUUUUGAAAAUAUAUAAAAAAAGCAUUAAACAAGGGUCACUGUUAUAAAAAUUGAGCACUUAAUUUGUUUGAUUGAUUCUAGGUUUUGAAGUUGGUGACAUCUUUUAUUGCGGCAGUUAGUUGUUACACCAGCCUUUACUAAAAUUGCGAUUUGUUGAUUUAAUCCAACAUUUUAAACUGAAAUAAUAAAAAUGUCAUAAUACGUAAAAUUUCUUAGAUAUAAAAUUAUGUUUUUUUUCUUCUUCAUUAUAGUUUACGGCCAUCAACAAAGGUAUUUAUCAAAUGAACGGAAAAAGAUCAUAAGAAACGCUAGAAGUAAAACGGAAUCUGCAAUAUAUUUUCAAAACAAAGAAGAAUUAAUGUCACAGCGCACUGCGAUUGUGUUUCCUAAGAAAGUUACCGCCAAAGUUCAUACCUGUGACAUAUGCCACAAAAAUUUUCCCUUUAAGAGUUAUUUAAACAGGCACAAGAUAAGUCACAUGGAAUCAAACAUUUUUAAUUACUCCAUACUGUACUGGAAUUCUAGUGAUGAUACUUUAAUCUGCAGGAUAAAGUCAAGAGACAAUAAAGCAUCUGUUUAUGAUUUGUUUGAUAAUGAACCACUUUUCACCAGAUUUACCAAAACCCCUGCUAAGAUUUUCCCAUGUGAGGAAUGCCAAAAACAGUUUCGCCAAAAACGGGACCUUAUUCGUCACAUAAGAGUCCAUACGGGUGAGAGACCGUAUGUCUGUGAUCUUUGCGGUAAAGAUUUUAGCAGAAAGGAUAGACUUCUUGUACAUAAACGAAUGCAUAAAACUCUAAUUUUAAUUCAAUCAGCAGCUCCUGUUAAAAGUGAGAGGCCAUCAGUUGAAAGCCCGAUUUUACCACCUUCAAAGAAAAGAUUUAAUCCAGCUCUUAGACCUAGCGAAGUUUGGUUUUAUUUAUGUGCAUUUUUUCCCCUUUCAGGCAAAAGAAUAAAAACUAAUUGUUUCAAUGUGUCUGAUGUAGUGCAAGUAAUCAAUCCUGGUACUUUUGAUUCUACGAGUAUUUUACUGAAAUAUGUUUGCAAAUAUUGUGGUAAAGCAUUACCAUCCAAUUCUGCAUUGAAACUCCAUAUUCUCACUCAUACUGACUCUGGAUCCUUGCGUUCCACUUUCUUGAAUCUCAUCCAAGGUGUUUGGGGUAUUCCUGCCGCAGAGAUCGACAAUGGUAUAAAAGAAGAUCCAGAAGACACACAAAGCAACUCUGAUGGUACAUCUUCUUCUCGACCUCGGAAGUACACUUGUAUAGAAUGCGGAAAAACAUUUUGCCAAAGAGGUCAUUUGGAGGACCAUUUAAGGACUCAUACGGGAGAAAAACCAUUUUUCUGCGUUGAAUGCCCUAAAAAAUUUAAUAAGUAUUCUCAUCUUAAAACUCACAUCCGGAUACAUACUGGAGAACAGCCGUACACAUGUGAAACUUGUGGUCGUAAGUUCAAUAGGAAAGAUAACUUGAAUGCUCACUUACGUUCAAAAGGUCAUUCUGGAGAACAGCCUUAUAAAUGUGGUUCUUGUGGUGCAAAAUUCAACAGGAAGGAUAACUUAACUGCUCAUUUACGAUUGAAAAGGCACCAGUCUUGUCAGCUAAUUAAUGAUGAGUGAAAUGUGAUGCAUUCUUAUUGCUGUUGUAUUUUAUUCAACUGAUGUUUUGUAUUGUCGUAUUAUUUUACUUAUAACUGUUUUACCGUUUAUUUAUUUUCUUUGACUGUUUUUUUUUCCUUUUUGGUGUGUGUGUUGUUUUUGUAAAUGUUAAAUUAUCCAUUGAUAUCCAGUUUGGGAAUGUAUUAAAAUUAAGUAAUAUCUAAAGGGCCAUGUUAAAUUGUACUUAUAUUUUGCCAAAGUUAUAGUGCCAAAUAAUUUAUAUUUGCUAAAGAAUGUAUUUUAAUCAUUAUUAAGUUUUAAGACAAUCAAAGUGUUUCUAAAUGUGUUUUUAGGAACUAUGAAUUUUUAAUUGCCAAUUAUGAAAUUGUAAUAUAUAUGUUUAAACACUUUUAAAUUUGUCCUAUCAAUUAUACUAUAAGUAUGUCAAAAAUCGUACAAACAAAAUGGAAUGACUUAUGCCAAUUAUGACAUAUCAGAAAAUUAUUGAGCUUAUAUUUACUUGAUCUACUUACUUUGUUCUACUCAGAAUGUACCUUCGUAAUUCUUUUGUAAUUUGAGAUUUCAUUAAAAAAAUGUUAAUACUCA